ACAACGCACCGUUCAGUGACGUCAAUUCUUCUCGAGGCAGCAGGUGAGAGAGCAUCGCGUCAUAAAAGCGAACGAUCGAGUAGCGGAGCGCAGUCAUGGGAAAGCUUCAAGAAUUUGACAUCACUUUCACCAAUAAUAAGGUGGUAUACAGUCCCGGAGAAUCUCUCGGCGGAACGGUCAAAAUACGAAUCAGCAACUCGCUGCAGUACAAAGCCAUCAAGGUGAACUGUCAAGGCUCAUGUGGGAUUUCCAAUAAAGUGAACGACACAUCGUGGACUAUUGCGGAGCAGUACUUCAACAGCACUUUAUCUGUCGCUGACAAAGGAACUCUGACAGCAGGCGAACACAAUUUCCCUUUCCAGUUUCUCAUCCCAGCUGCAGCACCGACCUCUUUUGAAGGACCAUUUGGAAAGAUAACUUACCGUGUGAAAGCUGCCAUUGACACGCCUCGCUUUGCCAAGGACUACAAAGCCCAGAGGCCCUUCUACCUUCUCAACCUGCUCAACCUUAAUGAGGUCCCGGAUAUUGAUCAUUUUAACUACGCUGUCACCACAAAGAAAUUUAACUACCUUCUGGUGAAGUCUGGGACCCUUAUGCUGAAAGCUCACAGUGACUUCAGGGGCUAUAUCCCUGGUCAGGUGAUCAAGUUAGCCGCCGAGAUCCACAACAAGUCUGGAAAAGACACAGGAUGUGUACUGGCAAGUCUCAUACAGAAAGUGACUUACAAGACAAAGCGGCAUAUAUUUGACCUCCGAACCAUCGCAGAGGUGGAGGGAGCCGGAGUUAAGGCAGGGAAACACGCAGAGUGGAAAGAACAGAUCAUUGUCCCACCUCUUCCUCAGUCUUCGUUAAUAGGCUGCAGCCUCAUAGAUAUCGACUAUUUCAUUCAGGUCGCACUAAAAUCUCCGGAGGCAGUUGUCAACCUGCCCAUCUACAUUGGGAACAUUGCCCUGAACUUGUCUCCUGCAAGGACUGUACCUUCUUGUCUAGACCAUUGCGAUGUGCCACGCUCACCCAAUGCAGCAGGACUGACGCCCAGUGCCCCUCCGGUUGAGGGCGACGACGAGCUGUGUGCAGGUGUUGAUGCCAGCGAAGCGAUUCCCACCAAGAGUCAUUCUCAGCAACAUGAGGCUGUCAACAUGUCACCGAGCGCCUUUAGCCAUGCACCCAGUACAGCGCUGCUACCUAGCCACAGACAGCCUGACGCGUCUGCCCCCUUGUUCUGUGUUUCAACUGGGGCCACCAUACCUUUCUUUACUGAUGAAGACCCCACACCUGUCCCCACUUCCUGUGCUCUCAUCUUGCCUCCAGAAUAUAGCAGUUGGGACUAUCCUCAUGAGCCUCCACCCACUUAUGAAGAAAGUUGCAGUAGCACCAACUUCAGUUUAAACAGUGGAGAAUAGAAGCUGAUGAAAAAGCACCGCCCACAGCUCCGGAUCAUGGAAAUACCCUCAUGAAAACAGGACCAACUCCAUAACGCCAAAGAUGAACAUGUCCUCGAUGAGUACAAAGAGUUCAUGUCUUGUGAAAAUAAGAAUUGGAUUUUGAUCACACAUGCUGUGAUAGACAGAGCAGUUUAACACCACUGUGCUUAAAUUAAGAUUUAAAAGUGACUGGACUUUAUCUGCUAUGACGAAAAGCGAUGUGAACCCAAUUAAAUGUUAUUUUUCUGUGCUCUAACUGGCACAUGGUAGCCAAACAGCAGGUCAGAGUAUUCUGAGGUAACCUGGACAGACUGAUACCUGAGACGAGAGUCCUGUCACGGGUCUUACCUGCCCACAUGGGUAAUGUAAUAAUUGAGAAAUUGAAAUCACGAUAAGUGACUUGACCUGAAGUGAUGUUUUGUGACUGGACCACAUAAUACAUAGGUAUUGACCAUUAUCAACACUAUAUGAGAGAGACCAGAUCCAAAGCAGCCUUUGGAGAAAUUAAUUCCCUCGGAGAGAAUAUGUCCUGUUAUCAGACAAUUGUGAAGAUAAUCACAGCGAGCACAUCAACUUGACUAAUAGUUUGACCUCCUGCAAGUUGUACAGCAGACUUAGACGCAGUGGAGGCUUUGGAUGCGGAUCACGCAAGAAGAGACCUGCGCUCAUCAGCAGUGGUUGAGUCUGAAAAUGAGCCCUAAGGCAGAAAGGCCAGGUGUGGAUGUAAUUUAACCCAAAGCCACAAAAGGCUUUGAACACUGCUUCUUUUUCUGGUAAAUGCUGUGUGCCUUGGGUGCAGUGCUGUGAUAGUAUGUUGCACUGGGCCCACUUUUACUAGCCAUCCUUUGAGGUGAUUUGCCUGUUCAUUUUCACUUCUUUCCCUCAAAUUUGAAAUUCAUUUAUUCUGUCAUCACUUUUAACUGCAUGGCACGCAGUAAUCUAAUUUCUGUCAUGACACUGGUUUUAAUUACAUGUAACAUGUUUGAGAUGAACAUUGGCUGAGAUCUGCACACCUGCUAAUCUGAAUGUAUCUACUGUAUUAUUCUUUUUGUUUACUAAUAAUUUCUUCCUGUGUGAAUCAAGACACAAAUCUUAGCACUAUUUUAUGACCGUAGCAGUUGCCCUAUGGUUUUCAACUAUGGCACAACCAGAAACAAAGUUGUUUUACUGUAAUUAAAAUGGCAAUAAUACCUUUCUGCAUUUUACUGAAUGUUUGCCUUCUACUUUUCUGGGUCUUGUCAUUCACUGUUGGAGCAUUUAAUGGAGUUAUUCCCUCUCUGUCAGGGUGUAGGUCAGAGUCUACUUGUGCAGUUAAUGUGGACUAUUCCUACACACUUCAUGCAUAUAAAUGUUUCUUUAUUGAUGUCAAGCAGAAACAGCAGGCCCUUACACCUGCUAGAAUUGCUGUAGGAAUGCAACUCUCAUCAUUGCCAAGAAAAAUUUGUUCGACUGAAAGGAUUUUGCAUUACAUCCUUGGUUUGCCCUUUUUAGACCAAAGAGUAUGAUAGUGAAAUGAUUAACCACUUUUUUGUGCAGUUUUUACAUUCAUUCUUUUGCACAUAUUGACAAGUGGUACCUAUUUUUUUUUUCUUUCUCUCUCUCUAUACUUGUAACUGGUUUACAGGUGCAGUACACAGUGUAAUAUAACAAAUGUGUACAAUAGAACAAUAAAUGUAUCUGACUUGUUUGGUCAUUUGAGAAUAAUGUCACAUUUUAAGUGUUUCCAAAACACUGGAUUUUUUUGGCUUUUCUAAAAUGAAAUCAUAUUGUUAUUAAGCUGCAUAUUUUUAAACUACUGCUAUUAAAAGUUAUCUAAAUAUAACCAGCU